UGACGGAACUGUGGCGUUAGGCUGUCGACGUCUUUGUUUUCGUGCUCGUUUAAAACUGGUCUUAAGUCUUUUUACACAAGGUAGUGAAGUGUUCCAGGUAUAGAUAACAUGGGAAAGGGGAUCUUUCUUCUUUUCUUGGCCACGCUUCUGGUCUGGUCCGAGGAAAGCCGUGGCCAAACUACCGAAAAUAGCCCGAUAACGACUACUGAAGACCCCAGGCCAUGUGGGGACUUCCCAUGGGAUACCACCGAUGGCGUCAGGGUGGACUGUGACUACACAUAUCACGAGAUAAGGAAGAGUGGUCUGAGCGGGUGGGAAUUCCUUGGACGAUGCAACGUUACGUGCCCAAACGAAGCAGAAUUCUUAGUCGGACCUCCGUUUUCUGUUACCGGGGGGUACUUUUACGAGUACAUUAUGGAAGGUGACUACUACUGCAAUCGAGACAACAGGACCUGGUUGGGAACACAGCCAGUGUGUUUGGGUCGGUUGAACAACGCUACCAUGGUAACAGACGAGUCCAACGGAAUCCGGCUGGUGGGGGGAGAGUUUUACGGCUGUGUGGAGUUGUACGAUAACGUCACCCAACAGUGGGGACCUGUGCGGGGAUGGGAUGUUGCGUAUCUCGUGGAGACUAAACGGGUGCCUUUGGCGGAUCUUGCAUGCAGAAAUCUGGGGUUUUCGGGGGUACUUGCGACGGGAGCCUACAGAUUGUCAAACGGCACCAUCUCUAGAUCUAGGGAUCUCAGAAAUUUUUGGCACCCAGUGGAAUUUUAUUACCUGAGUUACUACUAUAUGGAUGUUGAAAACGUAACAACGUACUCAUCUACAGCCCCUAAGUUUAUUGUGCCCAGAGCCGGACAAAUCCAUGCGUCUUCUUUACAUGAUGCUGUGGACCGUAUAGUUAGGGGACCCUGCACGCCUGUUGACUUUGAAUGCAGCGAUGGCCGUCUACACUAUAGUAAUGCUAUGUGCCUGGCUUGUGCAGGACAACCGAAACAUGAUGACUCUCCAGCCAUCAGAGCUCAAGUGACCUGCACAUCCAACUACAUCCGGGUCAGUUUCUCCCGCCCUGAAAACAACUCCAUUCAGCUGGAAGACGUCCAGCUAGCAGCGCCACCUUGCAGUGCUGAUCAGAACUCCACCCAUAUCUACAUCGAUGCACCGCUCACGGCAUGCGGAACAAGCCGACAGGACACAGAAGAUUACAUCAUCUACAGAAACACCCUGACCAUCAAAGUCAACGCUUCCAGUAUGAUAAUCACUCGUCAUCACUUCACAGAGAUCAGCGUGGAGUGUCGUCUGCCGCGCCGAAAGACGGUCACUGUCAACUUUGACCCCCAGAACUUGUCCGUGUUCCGGUCAUACAUCGUCGGCAGGGGUGAAUUCAUCAUCUCUAUGGAUCUGUACCUGAGUAACAACUUCCGGUCCCCUGUAUCGGUGUAUCCAAUGUCCGCGGAGUUGGGACAGAUGCUGUACGUACAGCUGAAGGUGACAUCAGACGACACUAGCCUGCAGCUGUUCGUGGACAGCUGCAUGGCCACGCCUACAGAACAGCCAGACGACAGCAACGUGCUGUACCACCUCAUAAGGGACGGUUGUGACCAGGACUCUACGGUGGCUCGCUAUUGGUCGCCGUCCACAAUGCAGGAACGGUUCGGUUUCCAGGCCUUCGCCUUUACCAGCGGUACACGCACGGUGUACAUCCACUGUGACAUCCUCCUGUGUAACGCCGCGGACCCGAACUCCCGGUGCGCGCAGGGCUGUCAGGCGGGCAGGAGGAGGAGGGAGGCCGCAGACGACUCCGAUGUCUACAGGCUGAUCCAGGGUCCCAUCGUCCUAAAAGAUGAACAAACCGUUCGUGACCGGUCCCCAGCAGCUCACACCGUGGACAUGGUUUCUCUCCUCGUGGAAGCAUGCGCAGUGGUCGUCGCCGCCAUGUUGAUUGGCUAGAACUGGGCAUGCUGGGAAGUCAGCGUGAAGGUCAAAGGGAGAUUAAGAAACCGUCUGUAUUUUUCCAACCUCUUGUGGUAGUUCUCGCUAGCAAUAUGAGAUCAUGCUACAUUAUGUAAGCUUUUUU